AUGAGCGAGUCACCCGAUAUUUCCCAAAAGAAGCGAAAGCUUCAAGACGGCCCCGAGCUUGAAAUUGAUGUUUCUGCACCCGAGCCGCAGUCCAAGAAGGCAUUGCGCAAAGCAAAAAAGCAAAAGUCAGAGCCCUCGAAGCCCGAUUCUGAUGAGAAGGAGAAACAUACAAACGAUAAGCCUCAGUCCAAGGAAGCCCCUGCUCCAGCUAAGCGAUCGGACUAUGGAAUUUGGAUCGGCAAUUUGGCCUUCUCAGUAACCCGUGACGAUCUUCGCAACUUCUUCACCUCUAAUAGCUCUAUUACCGAUGAUACAAUUACUCGAAUCAACAUGCCCAAGGGGCAAGAGAGAUUUGGGAGAAUUCAGAACAAGGGCUUCGCCUACGUCGACUUCUCCACCCAAAAGGCACUGGACGAGGCUAUAGGAUUGAGCGAGCAGCUUGUCACUGGCCGCAAAGUAUUGAUCAAGAAUGCGAAAAGCUUCGAGGGUCGGCCCGAGAAGUCCCAGGAUACAGAAAACGCAGCCAACGCCAAGCCCGGUCACCCUCCGUCUCGCCGCAUUUUCGUUGGCAACUUAGGGUUCGAUGUUACGAAGGAAAUUGUCGAGGGACACUUUAGCCAAUGCGGUACCUUGACCAAUGUGCAUCUCGCGACCUUCCAGGAUUCAGGAAAAUGUAAGGGAUAUGGAUGGGUGGAGUUUGAGGACAUUGCUUCUGCUGAAACAGCGGUGAGAGGUUUUAUCAUGUUCGAAGAAGAGGACGAGGAGUCAUCAGAUAGUUCGGAUUCGGACUCAGAUUCGGACUCUGAGAAGAAGAAGAAGAAGAAGUCCAAGAAGGCCAGCAAGAAGGCUCCCAGACGCAAGAUUUGGGUGAACCAGCUUAUGGGUCGCCGUAUGAAAUUGGAAUUUGCGGAGGAUGCUACCACUCGUUAUAAGAAGCGAUUUGGCAAGGAUGGCGAGGGCAAGAAGAAUGAUCAAGAUUCUAGCGAGGGCAAUGGUUCCGAGGGCCGGCCUCGCUCCUUCAAGCCAAAGCGAAUUGAAGUCGACGACUCUCGAUACUCGAAAGAGACCGUACAACGUCUCAGUGGAGCCAUUGUUGAAGCUUCAGGCUCAAAAACUACAUUCGACUAA